GACAAACCUUGAGGCAUAUAAAACCUGUAUGAGAUACUGGAGCCUCCAUUUCCAGCAUCAACGAUCACUCUUCAUCGAACAAAAAAUGUGUUCAUCACCACUGAUUCGAAAAGUCAUCAUCAUCGGUGCUGGCGGCCAUCUUGGCCCGCAUUUAGUGUCGGCUUUUGAUACGGACCCUCACUUCCAGGUUUCCAUCUUAAGCCGUGCUUCCUCAGACUGCAGUCGAUUCCCAUCCCAUAUUCCAUCCUACUGUGUCGGAGAAAACUAUGACACAAGCGAGUCCGAACUUGUCGAAUUACUCAGGGGUCAAGACGCGAUCAUUAGCGCGAUCGCUGCACAAGCUGUGCAGCAGCAGAAGACGAUCAUCAACGCUGCGCUCAAGGCUGGGGUGAAGUACUUUGUGCCAUCGGAGUUCGGACAUGAUACACGGAAUGAGCAGCUGGCGCAGCUACUUCCCCCGUUUCUUGUCACGCAGAAAAGACAGAUUGUAGAGUACCUCCAGAGCAAGGAGGUUGAAGGGUUGAAGUGGACCGCUUUUGUGACUGGACCCUUCUUCGAGAUCGCUGUUCCCCAUUUUCUUGGAUUCGACUUCCGGAGCAGGCACGCAACAAUCCUGGACGGUCAUGAAAAUCACCACUGGUCUACGACAACUCUCAGCACUACCGCUCUGGCGGUCAAAAAUGCUCUGUUGGAACCCAUCAAGGCCACGAACACAUAUUUGUUCAUUGAGUCCUUCAAUGUCUCACAGAAUGGUAUUCUGAGCGCACUGGGACGUUUGACGGGAAGGUGGGACGAAAGCUACCAAAAUGCUGAAGAGGAGAAACGGCGGGCACUGGAGGAAUUAUCGCAAGGAAACUUCAGUGGUCUCCCAACACUCAUGCGCUAUGUUACUUGUGUCGAAGGGUGUGGCGGGGAUUACAUGAAUUAUGAAGCAAGUGCGAACGGCUUACUUUCCUUGCCGGAGGAACGGCUAGAAAGUGCUUUGCAGAAAUUGUUGGAAUGAGAGAGACUGCUUGAGUUUAUACAUUAACAAGUGUGAGUGCAAGUCCCACCAACGCGUAAAGUAAACUGCCCAAUAUCCACACCAGCCCAGCUGCUACCCCACCCAUUCUUAACCCAGAGCUAAAAGCUUUCGUGAAGCACAGAGUGCCCAAGGUACCUCCCACCAUCUGCACAAUCUCGAUCGCGGAGUAGAGUCUCGCGGUUUCUUCCCGUUUAACCGAAGCCGUGAUGAGGGAUCGUAAGGCUAGGGCAAAUCCCGCUCCAAUGGCAUGCAAGCAUAUGCUAGGAAUCAAUAAUAUGACUGAUGGAGAGAGACCAACGCCAAGUGACCCCAGGGUGAGAGCAAAAUCACUGAAACGCGCAACCUGAAGGUCUCUCCUUGGUAGGGGCAGAAAAUGCAGAACUUUCGAGAGAGAUGGGAGUAGAAAAAUAAAUACAGGAAUGGUGAUCGCUAUGUGGAGGGAAGUCAGCAGAUUAGCUCGUGACAGCGUCCAACCAAAGCGUGUCGAAAUAUACUGAGUCAAGAACGAAGAGGAGCUCUGCGCGAACUGGACUGCAGCAAAGGAGAAUAGGAGUAGAAGAAGAUUGCGGUCCAAGAUGAAAAGGAAAGGAUGGAUGAGACGUGCGAUCUUCCUCUGCACAAUAGAAUAUGUGGAUUCUGACUUCCAAG